AGAAAAUUUGGUAAUGAAGAGCAUGAAGAGUCAUGACUUCCAUGUGAUGAUGCAACGCCUCCUUCCAAUUGCAUUGAAGGAAAAUCUCCCGAAUAAUGUGUGGGCAUGUAUUUGUGAUGUUUCUCAAUUAUUUCAGUUAUUAUGCUCACCGGUGCUAGACAUACAAGCAAUUCAGGAACUUCACCGUAACGUUCCCACUAUUUUGUGCAAUUUGGAAAAGAUCUUUCCUCCAUCCUUUUUAGAUGGAAUGGAGCAUCUACUUGUCCAUCUUCCAUUUAAAGCAAUGACCGCAGGGCCAAGUUGGUAUAGAUGGAUGUACGGAUUUGAGAGGUUUUUGCGAGAACUGAAAAAGAAGGUGACAAAUAAAGCACACGUUGGAGCAUCUAUAUGCCAAGCAUACCUUACAGAAGAAGUUUCCACAUUCUCUUCCUUCUAUUUUGAAAGAGAAAUCAUGACUAAGAGAAAAAGGCCUGUCAGAAAUGAUAAUGUUGAUCCAGCAUUGUAUGAGCAAAUGGUUUCCAUCUUCAACUAUCCAGGCAAAGGAUAUGGUAGAAGGACACACCGUCGUGUUGUUGGAGACGAGUUUCGAAUUGCACAAACUUACAUUCUGAUGAACUGUCCGGAAGUUAUUCCGUAUUACAAUGAUUACAGAGAAAUGCUUUCUCUAGCUGGUUAUUCCAAUGAGGUCAUUGAUGCGACGAUCGACACUGAAUUUGCAGGAUGGUUCAAAACUAUGAUACUCCGUGAAGCUGAAAAUUCUCUCGUUGAUUCUUUCUUGGAGUCAUUAGCAUGGGGUCCUGAAACACUAGUGAGGUAUUGGUCUAUAUAUUUUGUCAAUGGCUACAAAUAUCAUACAUGUGCUUACGGAGACAAUAAACCCACUAUGAACAGUGGUGUGAGCGUGUCGACUUGUAGUUAUGACAAUUCAGAGACUAGUUUUUUUGGAUAUGUGGAUGAAAUACUGAAAAUGAAAUUCACUGACCACAACAAGUUAUCGUGUGUAUUAUUCAAAUGCACUUGGGUGGAUCCAGUGAGGGGGGGGGGUGAAAAAGGAUCACAAACAUAACUUGGUGGAUGUUAAUCACAGGCGUGUGUAUCCGAAAAAUGAACCUUUCAUAUUAGCUCAACAGGCUGCCCAAGUGUAUUACGCGGAAUAUCCGUCGACACGCAUCAAUCGCAUUGGCUGGGUAAGUGCAUGUACUAUUAGACCGAGAAAAGUUGUUUCUCACGCGGUACAAAAAAACAUUGACAUUGAUGUUUACCAACAAGAGUUUUUUCUACCCCCAGUUUCAGACAUUAUUGGGGAGGAUAUUUUUUUGAAUGAUUGUACUGGAGCAGAAAUAGAGUUUGACCCUAACGACGCCAAUGAUGGUCCAGACGAGGGAACUCAAUAUCAAGAAGAAGAAUGGAACUUUCAAACAGAAGAUACUGAUGAUGAUGAUGAUGAUGAUGAUGAUGAGUACGUUGACCAUAUUGACUCCGAAGAUGAAGAAGAAUGAAUUGUUUUAUUUUUAUCAAAUAUUGUUUCAUUACAGAAUUUUAUUUCAACAUUUUUAUUUCUUGUCAUGACUGUUUCCGAAUAAUUCAAUUUCUAGUCUAGACUGUUUCUGAGUUA